UCGUGCCACGCGGCGAGAUGACCAGCGCCGAGCUCGCCAAGCUCCUCGGCGCCGGCGCCGCCGACGAGUACUCGUGCGACGUCCUGCUCGACGAGCUCUGCGCGACGACCGGCGACCUCCACAGCUUGGACGCGGUCUUUCAAGCGACGAUCGACAAGCUCGCAUCGCAGCGCCACGUCAUCAACGCACGGAUUGCGGAGCUCACCAAGCAGAACGCCGUGGCCGCGGCCAAGUACCACGACAACCUGCGCGAGCCGGAGCGGCUGCUGCAUACAGUGUGUGGCGAGAUGGACGAGCUCGAAGAUCGGUUCACCAAAGUAAGCUCGUCGGCCGUCGUCAUUGGCGAUCGGCUCGCCAUCAUCGACAAGGAAAAGUCCCGCGCCCUCGAGACGAACGAACUCCUCGAAGUCAUUCAGCUGCUCAAUGCGCCGCCGAGCUCCAAGAAGACGACCAACAAGCUCUACAAUACCCUUCGUGACCCGACCCAGAUACACGACGCGUGCCGUGUGCUCAAGAAGCUGCAAGAGUUUGCUGAGGAGCUCACGCCGUCGGCCGCAACCCAAGGCGCCGUCGCCGAGAUCGACCGGCUCACACAAAGCAUCGAGACGGACCUCCUUAACGGUUUUAGUGACGCGCAAGAGCAGGAGCUUCGCGGCGUUGGCAACUCGCAGGAUUUCGAGACGAUGCAGCUCAACGUCCAGUCGCUUCUUGCGUACAAUGGCAAGGACAAGGUUGCCGACCGCUACGUCUGGAACAUCAUCAAGGAGCGACUCACCAAGAACCAGCUGUCGCUCGACUCAGUGGACCCGGCACAGGACAUGGACGCACUCUGCACCAAGCUGCGGGCGAUCUGCAAGCAGCAAUUCGCAGUCGUGCCACGCAUCUUUCCAAAUAGCGUCGUCGCGUACGUCCGGGAAACCCUCGUGGCGCGGCUGUACCACGACCCUGCCUUCGGCAUUUUGUCGCAUUUGGAGCGCCUCUUGACGACGACGCCCGCCCAAGCCUACGUCGAGACGCUGGCGUGGACGUUUGAGAAGACGGAGACGCUCACAGACGCGAUUGCCGCGCUCAUCGAUGACGUCAGCCAACGCCCGCGCAUGGACGCUUUCCUCGAGGCCCAGCUGCAGACGCUUUUUGGCGCCCACCGCGCCAAGUACAUUUCGAUCGAGCUCGAGCUCCUCGAGACGGCAUUUGCGACAGCGUUGCACAGCGUGCAGUUUCCCGUCGUGCCCUUCGGCAAGCACAAUAAGAACAAGCUCAAGGCAUCGACCAGUGACACGCCGCCGUCGAGUCCGUCCUCGGCGGCCAAAGCGGACAAGACCAAGGCCGAGAAGCAAGAUGUGCUGUUUUACGAGUCGCUGCUUCCGAUUGCGCAAGAUGUAUCGGUGCCCGCGCGCUUUGCCGCAGCGCUCGCGGCGGCGACGGCCCGCUGCGACAUUGUCUUGCACAAGAGCGACCUCCUCGUGGACUUUUACGUCAAAGCAUUCGGUCUCUACUGCGCCACAAUCGGCGAUGCAUAUCUCUCGAAAAUGUGCAAUCUCGCGCACGAGCUCGUACAAGAACCACUGCUCUGCAUGGAGUCGGCAACGCGCUUCUUCGUCAUUCUCAAGCAUUUGAUUGGCCACGUGUCAACGUUUGACCGUCAGUACCACGCGAGCAUUGCGCCAGCGCUGACGAGUGCCCCGACCGUUCAAACGGUCUGCGUGGAAGCCAAACGCACGACGCUCGAAACACUCGAAGGCCACGUGGCCUUUGGCUUGCAAAAGACAUUUUUGGCCAUCGAGAAGAGCCUCGUCGCCAUCUUGAGUGCGGCGCAAGACAAGUCGGACUUUCUCAGCAAGACGGGAGCCAUGUCCUUGUCAACGACCAAGGCGUGCAAGCAGGUCGUGGCGUACCUCUCACCGCUCCUGACGGUGGCUGCCGACGCGCUCGAGCUCACGAACCGCGUGCAAUUUAUCACGGGCCUCACAGCCAUCUUCAAGGACACGCUUAUCCAGCACAUGAAGCGGUUCAAGUUUGAUCCAGACGGCGCAUGCGUCCUCCUCACGGACAUAAGCGCCUACCGCCAAGUGUUUCGGCCGCACCGCAACCCGUCCGUGGACGCCAACUUUGAUUUUCUCCACGGACUCGCGAACCUCUACGCCUUGCCUCGCGACUCGCUCGUGAGCUACGUGAACGAAGGCGGCAUCGCGGCGACGCUCGGGAAAACGUCGCUCCACGAGCUCAUCCGCCGGCGCUGGGACUACAAGCUCAACGGCGACAAGAUUCCGAUUUGAAUCGUCCACUGGCUACGUAGUAUCGAUAGAUACGCGUUAGGUUUGCGUCGCCAUGCCAUCACCGUUUGUUUCUCUCCGAAUACUACGUGAUAUGUCACAAUGC